UCAACAUUUUGCAUUGUGACUUUUUCCUCUCGGUCCUUCUUCCCCUCUGGAACCUUUCACGUCAAUUCAGUAACGAAGGACUAUAUCGGAAUUAGUUCAUCGAACCGAGAUGGUUUUAAGCACUUUGGUGCCAGUUGUGCUCCUUCUUUCGUUGUCUUCGACGACAGUUUUGGCCCAAACUGCCGCACCUGGCGUAGUUUGCGAGUCCAAGAACGGCACCAGCUGCGAGGAAUGUCUGAACAACGUGACGUGUUUGUGGUGUAUCAAAACCAAGUUGUGUGUGACGUAUCCAGUGAGGACCAUCCUGCCACCGCAUUCACUUUGUCCGCUCUACGACGCACGCUGGGGCCUGUGUUGGAUAAACUUCCAGAACUUGAUCAUCACUCUUGCGGUGCUGGGUGGCAUUAUCAUCAUAGCCCUGCUGGUCUGUCUGUUCUGCUGCUGCAAGUGUGAAAACAUUGGAUCGUCACGGUUCGUGGCCAAGAUGGAGAGGCAGGCAAACAAGUCGAGAACAAAACAGGAGGAAAGGCGGGCUGAGAUGAAACAGAGACAUGACGAUAUCAGGAGGAAAUAUGGCCUAAGCGGACCAAAUCCUUACUCCCGAUUUGGAUGAGAGGAUUCCUUACACCGGGACUUUAUUUAACAAAACGGCUGUUAAUUUAUGAAGCAAUGAAUUCAUGUAAACUUUCAUUGAAUGAUUAGACAUUAGAUGCCUCUGUUAUCAUUCAGCCAAUGAUGAGCAAUUUUGUGUAAUGAGCCCAGAGGCUGUAAACAAACGCUAAUACCCCUUUUUCCACUGCACGGUACCUAAUCAGUGCAUUGUCGUCGUCAAAAGCGGGUACUACGAGGUACUAUUUCUAGAGCUUGACAUAAACCACCGCUGGUACAGAUUUCACCAUUGUAACAUUAGUUGCAGUAUUACACUCCACAGUCUCCACUCGGCUGCAGCGGCCCGAUUUCGUGCUGCCCUCAGUCUUAAAUGAUCAAAUUUGUCUCCAGUAGACCGUUGUUCGGACUAUGGUUUGUUAGAGCGCCGAGCGACGCGUUCAAUGCAGGGUGGGAUUCGCAGUUCCCCCCCGUGGUACUACGUUCACGAGGAAACUGAGCUGACAGGGUACUGCGCAGUGGAAAAAAAUCGUCUGUAUAUAUAGCAGCAGUGAUUUCCUAGAACUCAAUUUGCUUUUGUAGAAAAACAAUGCCGGGAAAUGCAAGUUUCACAGCUGAUUUUUAAAAUGUUUCUUAAUUUAAGGUGAAUGUGUGCCUUUCAGUCACCGAUGCAUUAUUAGACACUGUAGGUAUUAAAAGACUAAAACUGACACCAA